AUGGCAAUGAUGAUUCCAAGCCAAUCUUAUAGCUAUUCUAGCAUUGUUUCCUUGUAUUCCCUCUUCUUGAUUUCCCUCGUUCUACACACUCUUGCUUCUCCUACGUUCCACCAUUGCCAUCACAGCCAGAGAGAUGCUCUUCUUGAGUUCAAAAACGAGUUUCACUUACCUAAUGAUACAUUGUUGAGUUCAUGGAACAAGAGUAGUAGAGAUUGCUGUUCCUGGAAAGGUGUCACGUGCCAUGCUAAAUCUGGAAAGGUGAUUUCACUUUACCUUGAUAAUACCAUCCCUUUAAACAACUCUUUGAAACCAAAUAGUGGUCUUUUCAAACUUCAACAUCUUCAUAGCCUAUCCCUUAGAAAUUGUAGCCUCCAUGGAGAGAUUCCUUUUUCUUUAGGAAACCUUUUUAGACUCACACUUCUUGACCUUUCCUAUAAUUAUUUUCUAGGUCAAGUUCCACCUUCAUUGGGAAACCUUUCUCGUCUCACAGUUCUUGAUCUUUGGGGUAACAGAUUAGUAGGUCAAGUUCCACCUUCACUAGGAAACCUAACCCAACUAAGAUACUUGAUCCUUUCACACAACAAACUAAGUGGCGCUAUUCCUUUCUCCUUUGCCAAUUUAACAAAACUAUAUGAACUCAACCUUCAUAAUAAUUUCUUGGACUCCACGCUUCCUGACAUGAGUGGGCUACAUUUACUGGAUCAUUCCCUACUUCUUUAUUCACAAUAACUUCUUUAAUAUAUGUCAAUC